AUGUCCGACGCUGAUCUCGAAGCUGUUCGCCGGCUUCAAGCCGAGCGCAAUGCUGCUGCCGCUAGCAAUAAAGGUUCAAGGACCUUUGACCCCUCCGGUCAACGUACUGAUAACUCGACUAAGGCCUCCCUGACGGACUCCUUCGACACGACUUUGUACGAUCGAGGCGGGGCUGACAAAUACUCCGGCUACAACACCUCAAUCGCGCUUGACGGCGAGGACGAGGAAAUGGAGGAUGCGAAUGGAGGACACAAUCUGGUUGGUCAAUACACUGCUACCCGAGGCCAAAUCGACGAGAUGGCGCAAGGAAACGGUGUGGAGGAGGAGGACAUCAUGCUUGGUCGCGAGAAGGCAGCUCGGAUUGCCGACCGCGAGACAGACUACCAGAAACGCCGGUUCAACCGCGGAGCCCUUACCCCGACACGCGCCGAUCCCUUCGCCGCCAAUGGCCAAGCGAAUGCCGAAGGAGAAGGCCAGACCUACCGUGAGGUCAUGGCCCUCCGCGAGCUCGAGAAGGAGGAAGAACGUGUUCAAAAGCUGAUCGACGAGAAGCGAGAGGCCGGCGAGGACGUGACCGAGCACCAGGCAACCCUGAAGAGGGUAGAAGAUAGCAAAGAAAAUGUUGACGCGGCCUUAGCUCUCGAGGAGGGUCCCCCCAAGAAGCGAAAGAAGAGAUGGGAUGUGGAAACGGAGCCUGCCGCUGAACCACAGGGCGAAGAUUCCACUGGCGCGCAGCCUAAGAGAUCCCGUUGGGAUACAACAGCAGCUCCCGAUGCUUCUGGUGAAGCACCCAAGUCUCGGUGGGAUCGAGCACCACAACUCGCGGCUGCCACUCCAGUCGGUAACCAAGGACUCGCUACCCCAAUGCACCCUUCACAAGCAGCCCCUACCGCUGCCGUCGGUCCAUCUGGUCCAAUGGUCGGUUGGUCUGACGAAGAGCUUGACUUCAUGCUCCCUGGUGAAGCUGAGGGCUACAAAGUUCUUGAUCCCCCACCCGGCUAUGAGCCCAUUCGAACUCAGGCUCGCAAGCUCAUGGCCACGCCGGCACCAGUUUCUGGUGGUGUUGGAGGUUUCAUGAUGCAAGAACCCGAGAGUGUCAAGUCUAUGGGCAAGGAACUUCCUACUGAUAUCCCUGGUGUCGGUGAUCUCCAAUUCUUCAAGCCGGAAGAUAUGGCUUACUUCGGUAAGCUGAUGGAGGGUGGAGAUGAGACUAGCAUGAGUGUUGAGGAAAUGAAGGAGCGAAAAAUCAUGCGAUUGUUGCUUAAGGUCAAGAACGGUACCCCGCCUAUGCGAAAGACUGCACUGCGACAGCUCACAGACAAUGCCCGCAACUUUGGUGCUGGUGCUCUCUUCAAUCAAAUCCUACCAUUGCUCAUGGAGAAGUCCCUGGAGGACCAGGAGCGCCAUUUGCUGGUCAAGGUCAUCGAUCGUGUUCUGUACAAGCUUGAUGAUUUGGUUCGCCCUUAUGUCCACAAGAUCUUGGUUGUCAUUGAGCCGUUACUCAUCGAUCAAGACUACUAUGCUCGUGUUGAAGGACGAGAAAUUAUCUCCAACCUGUCCAAGGCUGCUGGUCUUGCUACCAUGAUCAGUACUAUGCGUCCUGAUAUUGACCAUGUUGACGAAUAUGUGCGAAACACGACAGCUCGAGCCUUCGCCGUCGUUGCCUCAGCCCUUGGAAUUCCCGCCCUCCUUCCUUUCCUUCGUGCUGUCUGCCGCAGCAAAAAAUCAUGGCAAGCCCGUCACACUGGUGUCAAGAUUAUUCAGCAAAUCCCCAUUCUCAUGGGCUGCGCUAUUCUUCCCCACCUCAAGGGACUGGUGGAAUGUAUCUCUGGCAACCUGGAGGAUGAACAGGCAAAGGUCCGGACCGUCACAGCCCUCUCAGUUGCUGCUUUGGCCGAAGCUGCGAACCCGUACGGUAUUGAAAGUUUCGACGAUAUUCUAAACCCUCUCUGGCAAGGUGCCCGCAAGCAGCGUGGUAAGGGUCUCGCUGCCUUUUUGAAGGCCGUCGGUUACAUUAUCCCGCUGAUGGACGAGGAAUAUUCGAAUUACUAUACCGCACAGAUUAUGGAGAUUCUCCUUCGCGAAUUCUCGUCACCAGACGAAGAAAUGAAGAAGGUGGUGUUGAAGGUGGUGUCCCAGUGUGCAAGCACAGAUGGUGUUACUGCCAGUUAUCUCAAGGAGCACGUUUUGACCGAGUUCUUCAAGAGCUUCUGGGUCCGUCGCAUGGCACUCGACCGACGAAACUAUCGCCAAGUCGUUGAUACCACCGUGGACUUGGGCCAGAAGGUUGGUGUUGGCGAGAUCCUCGAGCGCACCGUCAACAACCUGAAGGACGAGAGCGAGCCAUACCGCAAGAUGACGGUGGAAACUGUUGAGAAGCUUGUCGCUUCUCUUGGAGCUGCCGAUAUCUCUGAGAGACUGGAAGAGCGCCUCAUCGAUGGUGUGCUCUUCGCCUUCCAGGAACAAAGCAUCGAAGACAUUGUUAUUCUGAACGGAUUCGGCACUGUCGUCAACGCACUGGGCUCACGCUGCAAGCCUUACCUCCCACAGAUCGUCAGUACCAUUUUGUGGCGUUUGAACAACAAGUCCGCUACAGUUCGACAACAAGCUGCCGAUCUUAUCUCUCGAGUCGCUAUGGUCAUGAAGCAGUGCGGUGAAGACGCACUCAUGGGCAAACUUGGUGUCGUUCUCUAUGAAUACCUGGGUGAGGAAUACCCCGAAGUCCUGGGUUCUAUUCUGGGUGCUCUGCGGUCCAUUGUCACUGUGGUGGGUAUCACUCAGAUGCAACCACCUAUUCGCGAUCUUCUCCCUCGUCUCACUCCUAUUCUCCGUAACCGUCACGAAAAGGUGCAGGAAAACACCAUUGACCUGGUCGGUCGUAUCGCCGAUCGCGGACCCGAGUCGGUCAAUGCCCGUGAAUGGAUGCGUAUCUGCUUCGAGCUGCUUGACAUGCUCAAGGCCCACAAGAAGGGAAUUCGACGAGCAGCCAACAACACUUUCGGUUUCAUUGCCAAGGCCAUUGGUCCCCAAGACGUCCUCGCCACACUUCUCAACAACUUGCGAGUGCAAGAACGUCAAUCUCGUGUUUGCACAGCCGUUGCCAUUGGUAUUGUGGCGGAAACCUGUGCUCCUUUCACCGUUCUUCCCGCACUGAUGAACGAAUACCGUGUGCCCGAGCUCAACGUGCAGAACGGUGUGCUUAAGGCCUUGUCCUUCUUGUUCGAGUACAUCGGCGAGAUGGCCAAGGACUACGUCUAUGCCGUCACACCGCUGCUAGAGGACGCCCUGAUCGACCGUGAUCAAGUCCACCGACAAACCGCCGCCAGCGUGGUCAAGCACGUUGCACUGGGCGUCGUCGGCCUCGGCUGUGAGGACGCCAUGCUCCAUCUCCUCAACCUUGUCUUCCCCAACAUCUUCGAAACCAGUCCCCACGUCAUUGACCGAAUCAUCGAGGCUAUCGAAGCCAUCCGCAUGGCCAUCGGCACCGGUACCGUCAUGAAUUACAUCUGGGCGGGUCUUUUCCACCCCGCUCGCAAGGUGCGCACGCCCUACUGGCGUCUGUACAACGAUGCGUAUGUCCAGGGCGCGGAUGCCAUGGUUCCUUACUAUCCCGACCUGGAGGGUGAUAUGGACCGACCUGAAUUAUCCAUCAUGAUUUAA